AUGACCAACAGUAAAGGAACACUAGUUAUUGGCUACAAUUCAUCGGAACAUACACCGGCAACAGAAUUAAUUGGCAGCAAUGUAGAUAUUCUAACAGAGAUCCUUACCUGUGUGCCAGCAAAGUUUGUCAUCAGAUUCAAGUGCGUGUCUAAGGAUUGGUUCUCCCUAAUCUCCAAUUCACCAUUUUCUCGCAACCACUCUAACCGAUAUCCCAGUGCCUUGUUCUCAGGACUAUUCAUCAACCCUGUUACAUCAUUUGACGAUGAAAAAGUCAAGUCUGUCUCACUUCACGGCCAACACCAAAGUCUUCCGACUUCGUCACUUCUUGAUGGUGUUGGAUAUGGGUCUGUACUUCCCUAUCAUGGUGGCACUAUGACAUCUUCUAUACCAUUUCAUAUCAUAACAAAGUUUGGUGUUUUCUUGAGUUCUAUGUUUGGUGGUUAUUUGGCUUUUGAUCCUUCAAAAUCGCCUCACUACAUUGUUGUAUUGGUAAGUUACAUUAGGAAUAGUGACGGCUGCUUUUACUUAAUUGACAUAUACUCUUUGGAUAGCACUUCUUGGACACACAUGCGUGCUGCUGCACCACCAGGUUACCCUUUCGCAAAAAAGGUAUUUUGGAAUGGUUCAAUUCAUUGGAUGAGUUACGAUAACGUUUACAUUCGAUUUGAUGUUGAUGCUGAGAAGCUAAUAGGAACUCGAAUGCCUUCAAACCCUAAAAUUCUCUCCGAAGAGAGAGUUUGGUAUUUUGGAGAAUGCUGUGGCCAUUUACUUCUUGUUCAGUGCUGUGAUAUGGGAUUCAGAAUUCUUGAGAUGGAGAGGAACUACUGUUAUUGGAUUGAGAAGUACCAGGGAGCAAAUGAAAAAGAUUUUACGUUGGUGUUAUCUAUUCCUGGCAAAAUUGUUUCCUAUAAUCUGAAGUGCAAGACAGUGAAGGUGCUCUGCGAUUACCGAACUGGCUUUUAUGAAUGUCCUGGUUACAAGCACAUUUCUUGUGCGUAUGCUUUUAAGUAUGUUUAUGAAUUCUAUGAAAGCCUGUCCAUUGGAACAGAUCAGAUGUGCCUUUUUUAA